CGUGAAGAAAGCUUGAGCUUAUUUCAUAUCUGAGGUUUCCCUUGAAAAUGGCAGAUCCGGCAUUGUAUACCUACCCCUCUCCUCUGGCGGGCUGGGAAAAUGCCCCGCAGUUACCUGAUGAGAGGGCUGAGGAUGGGAAGAGCUUCAAGAAUCCCCAAACAGGCGUCCUAAGCAAGAGCUACGAACGCUUCACCGAGCCUCUCGAUAAUGGCAGACGAGGCGGGUUUGACGUCCACAUUUACUAUUUCCAAGCGAACCCCCAGCAACUCCAAUUCGCCAAAGAACUCUGGACACGAAUCCGCCUCGAAUUCCCUGAACUCCGCAUCUACACCUUCUGGGACCGCCCCAUCGGUCCCCAUCCCGUCGCCAUGUUCGAAGUAAACGUCUUCACCCCCGCCCAGUUCGGAGCUUUCAUCCCCUGGUUGGUGAUAAACCGUGGCCCGCUGAGUGCGCUGGUGCACCCUAAUACAGUGGAUGGGGAGGGCAAGAUGCUGGAUGAGUAUAGGGAUCAUACGCAGAGGGCGACGUGGUUGGGGACGCCGGUGGUUUUGGAUUUGAGUAUGUUUAGGAACAGCAGGACUUGAGGGGUGGGAAGGAGAGAGGGGAAAGACAGGGUUGGUGAAGAUACAUGUAUCUGCAGUGCAAGGGGCUAGUAUGUGUGGAUGUGUAGUUUGGAAGAAGAAUAAAU